AUGCUCGCCACGUCGUGCGUGUUUCUGGCUUUGUCUGUCAUCACGGUCGUGGCGAGGAUAUAUGUCAGAGGAUGGAUGAUUCGUUCCUUUGGAUGGGAUGAUUGGUUGAUGAUGGUCACCUGGGCUUUGUUCGCCAUGACAACUUCACUACUCAUCAGCAUCUCACUAUCAGAGAUACAUCCACCAGGUGUUGCGGAUCCCGACACUGUCAACGGCAUCCUAACAUUGGUUGUUUGCAUCUUUGGUCUCUACAUCCUCACCACCAUCAUCUUCAAGCUCAGCUUAGCGGUCUUCUUCCUUCGUGUCGUCAACCAGCGCUGGCAGCGUCAAGUCAUCAUUGGAUCAGUAUCACUAUACACUCUCUUCGGAACUGCCUGGCUCUUCGUCGCAAUCUUCCAAUGUGGCAAUCCCGGAGAUUACGGCAAGAAUGAAGCGCUAGGAAAAUGUCUUCCUUUCCAAACCGUCCUCAGGCCUCUCAACUAUACACAUGGAGUCUUCAAUGCCGUCACCGACUGGAUCUUUGCAAUCAUCCCCAUCUUUGUCGUAAGAUCUGCACAGAUGCACAAGCAACAAAAGAUCACCGUCUGCACUAUCCUUGGUCUGGGUGUGCUGGGUAGCAUCUGCUCGCUCGUGCGUCUGGCCUACGUGGACGUCAUCGGCGUAGAACUCCAGGACCUUCUCGUCUCCGCUCCUAACUUCGCCAUCGUCUCCAUCAUCGAACUUGGCCUUGGAAUCACAGCCGCUUGCCUGGCCACCCUACGCCCACUCUUC